AUCAGCACUUGUGUUCUUUUCUCAUAUUAAUCAAUUCUCAAAAAAUCAAAUUAAUUUAUUAACUUUGCAUUUACACAGUGCUUCAAGUUCAAAUGCGUUAUGCAAACGAAUGAAAAAUUUCUGUUCAUUAAUUUAGAAAUUCUAUCGCGCUAGAGUUUCCUCGUGCGAUAAUAUUCGGAAGGAAGUGGUCAGAGCAAAACCGCAAUUAGCGUCUUUAAGAGAGAUUAAGGUGUACGUAACGUUAGUUUGCUGUGUACAUUUUAUGGUGUACGGUCAAAAGUUUUCUAGGUGUAAGCAAAUGAAUAUAUACAGUUAAUUGAAAAGAAGAGAUCAUGCCCCUUCGCAAAACGUAUCAGGUCAACAAUCGAGAGGAGGGUAAGGCUGCUCAACGAGAUCAAUCUUACAGAAGCUGCCUCAUCGCGCUGCUCAUCUUCUUUUUUAUGUGCCUUAUUCUUAUCCUCGCCUGCAUACCCUGGAAAACGCAAAAUUAUAUAAAAUACAAGAAUCAAUACAUUGAACAUGAGCCACAGCAUCAUCAUGGAAAAUCUACGAAGGAGGCAACGACUUCAAUAGACACAACAAUUCUAUUAACGAUUUUAACGACUCCAAGAACAGCAAUUACAUCCGCUACAAAUAUAGAGAGAACUGAUAGAACAAAAUCAACAAAAAAUAUCGAUGUCAUUACUGAAGAUUAUUCGAUGAAGAACAUCAAGGGAUCUCGUCAUUUCGAACGUUAUUCUGAAAAUAGGACAAUCGAGGAUGAAACAAAUGUAUUUUCUGCAACUAUAUCUAAAAAAGAAAUUGAAGACAUUUCCACAAUGAAAGAAACCACUCAGUAUAUAGAAACUACGAAAGAAGGCAUCGAUUUGGCUACAUUGUCACCUGAUAUUGUAACUUAUAGUAUUGAUAAUGAUGCAGCUUUAACAUUAUCAAAUGAAUCAAUUGUCAAUGCUACGUUAAAAUACAAUGUUACAAUUAUUGAUAUUAUAGAAAAUGUUGCGUCUUCAAAAUCCAUUGAAUCUACGACUGAUGGAUAUACUUCUGAUAUGUAUUAUAGCACAGAGAAAGUUGAUACUGCAAUUGAUAAUAUUACAACUUCAACAUUAUCAUCUCCAAAUGAUUUUGAAAUAUAUACUGUUGAAAAUUUUACUAAUAAAUAUGAGAGAUUGAAAGCUACGAUCGCAACUGAUAUUACAACGCCGAGCAUUUCGACUGAUUCUGAAGAAAAUAUGAGUGCCAAAUACUUCUCCGAUCUGUAUAAUUAUUCUGCGAAAUCACAAUUUGAACAAAUUGUAAUAGCAAACAAUGUAACCACUUCAACAUCGCCGAUUCAAUCGAUGAAGAUAGAAAUGAUUCAAAUGAUAGAAGAUUCAAAUGAAGAAGAUAGAAAUACUAAGUAUUCAACAAAUUUAAAUUAUAUGGAAUCUACCACAGAAUAUAGAUCAACAUUGAUUAAUGAGAAUGUAACGAGAAGGAAUUCUGCCACAAUAAACUAUAACAUAGAUGAGAGGUCUUCAGCAGCUACAAACGAAAUUGAAGACAUGGCAAAUACCUCAAAAAACUAUAGCGAAAUUACCCAAAAGUACAAUGAGAAUGUGACUUCUAGUACAACGAAGGAAUACAAUGCAUUUUUCACAAACAAUUAUGCAAAUGCAACUAAUUUUGCUUUUUACAACGAUACAACAAGUACAAUAAGCCACGACGAAACGAGAAUUAUGAUCACACUUCCUGACGAGGAUACGAAUGUAACGAAUGUUUGCGAAACAGGACACUGCAAACAGAUUGCCAGCAAGAUGUUAUCCUACAUGAAUCACACGGCUGAUCCUUGUGAAGAUUUCUACGAAUACGCUUGUGGUGGUUUUGAGGCAGAUCCACAAUUGAUGGACGGAAAUCUAAUUCAGAAAUCCAGAAAUUAUCAACGAAUUAUCAGACAAAUGUUAAAAGAAAAACGUGAAAACGUGCAUUCAAAUUUUGCAAUGUACUAUGACAGUUGUGUACAAUAUGAAAGAGAUAUAAACUUCAACGAAAGAACAAAAAUGGCAAGUGAUGCAUUAAAGAGAAUAGGAGAGUUUUACAUAAAUGCCACAUGGCCUGAUAAUUAUGUUAACUUUACAAACUUAUUUGCGCAAUUAAUGUUACAUCAUAACGCUCUUUUAUUCGACGUCGUGCCAGAAUUGGAUGAAUAUCGUCCGAGCAAUUUCACGCUUAAGAUAGGUCCUACAACAUAUGAAAGUCCUUUCAAAUAUAUGGAGGAUUCAUGCUCCGAGAUUGAGACGGAAGGAAAUUAUGUGGAUCUCGAAAUUUUAUACAAUAAUUAUCAAAAAUGCAAGAGUGAUACAAAAGAAUUUAUGAGAUCUAUUAAGGAAGCUCUAACAAUGCUUAAUGUUUUUAAAAGUUUAAAUGAUAGUUACCUAGAAUUGGAAAACAUAGAAAAAACCAUUCAUGUGAUCAACACUGUUCUAAUACAAGGAUUCUUUUCGCAUUUUCCAUCUAAAAGUGAAAUACGAGAAGCAUAUGUGAUGAAUAACUACAGCAAAAUCAGUUUAGAGGAGUUGCAGAGCAAAAGCAAGUUUGUAAAUUGGUCGCAAUUAAUUUGCUCGUUAACAGAAAUGGAUAUGAUAACGAGUGUGGCUAAUAUCCAAGUUUAUUUUUAUACCGAACUGAUUAAAGGUUUACGCAGAUUAGAAGAAUUUAGUAAAGAAGAUCCUAUAGGUCUUAAUAAUGCAAUAAUAGGAUUAUAUGCACACAAGCUAUAUCACGAGUUGGUGCUGCCAAGACGCAAUAAUGUGAAGGAUCAUUGUUUUCAAGUUACCACCUAUCUCUUACAAUUGGAAGCAUCUAGUUUAUAUAUAUCUUCCUUUGCCGACCAUGAAAUAGCACAGAUGAAUAAAAUAACGAAAAAAAUGUUCAAUGAACUAAAACAAACACUAAAGUUAAAAACUGAAGAAGCGCAAUGGGCCAGAGAGGAAGGACGACAAGGAUUGUUGAAGAAAAUCGAUAGUCUCGAGCUUGCACUGCCUGUUAUUUCUUAUUUCAAGAACAGAGACUCGCUAUACAGUGAAUAUAAUGUGUCACAGAUAAUUCUAUCUGACAAUUAUUUCAAUAAUUCGAUGAUUCUGCUGAAAAGAUAUCGAACGCUGAUGUACAUUGAAUUAAGACGAGAAAUCGGCGAUCCAAAGCAAAUUUGGACGUAUUAUGCAACGCCAUUCCAAUCGAAAGCGCAAGCAAUCUACGGCUUGAAUCUCAUUGUGAUUCCUUAUGGUAUUAUUGAUUGGUCCUUGAUAAAUGAUGAACUCUCCUUUGAUUAUCUUCUGCUCGCAACGCUCGGAAAUUUAAUAGCACAUCAGAUCGCCCAUCAUUUCGACGCGAAUGGUAUACACUAUUGGGACCAAACUAGGAAUACUCAAGAUUCCCUGAUGUAUGAGAAUGAAUUCACUGAUACAAACUUUGACGAUUACAUCAAUUGUCAAAAGGAAAGCUUAUAUCAAGGACCUAUGAACAUGACGUUACCCUUCACUGAUCAGACAGUGUCGUUUAUGAUUCCGCGAUUGACCUUGAACGAGCGGUUGUCUGAAAUUAUGGGACUCAGACUAGCCUAUGAUACUUUGGCUCUUACUAGAUCGAAUGCGGAGAGAAGGCUUCCAUGGCUAAAACUCCGCAUCGAUCAAUUAUUCUAUCUCGCCUACGCUCAGACAUAUUGCACGAAGACGCCGCUCACGUCGUCGUACAUCUCUUUACACGAGAGCGAGAAUUUGCCAAACCGGAUUCACGUGUUUGUCUCUGCAUCGAACAAUAAACUCCUCGCCGAGGCGUGGAACUGUCCGCUGGGUUCGCAGAUCGCUCCCAACGACGUUUGCAGCAUCUUUCCGUAUAUAGACUUCAAAGAGACCGCUGCACUGAUGCCGGAGUGAAAAUUGAUUGAACGGACAUUGCGAUCUAUUAUAGAUCUAUUAUAGACUCAGUCAGCUUACAAGUAUCCGCGGCGCGAACUAUUACAAGAUACUAAAUCGAUAGAUACAGAAACGAAAUUCACGUCCGUCUGUCCGUCCUAUGAGAUUCGCAAGUAAACUUUUCUAAUGUACAGGUAUACGGACAAACGAUGAUGGAUUUCUCUUUUAUUUGGAAUAAAAAAUAUUAAGUAUUUGCUUUUAGUUUCAUACGCGUGAAUGAUGUAUGUUAAGACUACAUCUAUAAUUCAAUCUUGUAUUAAAAAAUUGAAAAACGUGUAUUUUGCUUCUGUAUCUCUAAAUUUGUAUAUACAGAGAUUCUUAUUCAUGUGCAAGGAAGAUAUGUAGUAUAUCUUAAAUUUAAAAGCAGUAUUUCUUGACGAACAAUGUCGUUGCAAGCGCAUUCUUUGCGAAAUAAAGUUACAGCUAUGUCAAAUGAAAAUGAGUAGAAAUAUGGUGUGAGGCAGAUGAAUAUGAAUAAAUAAAUGAUAUUUACGUAA